AUGAAGAUGCAGAAAGGAAAUGUUCUCCUUACAUUUUGUCUACUAUUGCAUUUAGAAGCCGCAAUAAAUCCCAGUGGGACUAGCACCUCUGCCAACACUGGACCCACUGUGACCUCCAGUGGGAUCAGCACAGUCAUGAACUCUGGGCCCAGUGUGACCUCCAGUGGGGCCAGCACAGCCACCAACUCUGCGUCCAGCACAACCUCCGGCGGGGCCAGCACAGCCACCAACUCUGAGUCCAGCACAGCCACCAGCUCUGAGUUCAGCACAACCUCCAGUGGGGCCAGCACAGCCACCAGCUCUGAGUUCAGCACAACCUCCAGUGGAGCCAGCACAGCCACCAGCUCUGACUCCAGCACACCCUCCAGUGGGGCCAGCACAGCCACCAGCUCUGACUCCAGCACACCCUCCACUGGGGCCAGCACAGCCACCAGCUCUGACUCCAGCACACCCUCCAGUGGGGCCAGCACAGCCACCAGCUCUGACUCCAGCACAACCUCCAGUGGGGCCAGCACAGUCACCAGCUCUGACUCCAGCACAACCUCCGGUGGGACCAGCACAGCCACCAGCUCUGAGUCCAGCAACCUCCGUGGGCCAGCACACACAGCCACCAGCUCUGAGUCCAGUACAAACUCCGGUGGGACCAGCACAGCCACCAGCUCUGAGUCCAGCACACCCUCCGGUGGGGCCAGCACAGCCACCAGCUCUGAGUCCAGCACACCCUCCAGUGGGGCCGGCACAGCCACCAGCUCUGAGUCCAGCACAACCUCCACUGGGGCCAGCACAGCCACCAGCUCUGACUCCAGCACACCCUCCAGUGGGGCCAGCACAGCCACCAGCUCUGGGUCCAGUGUGACCUCCGCAGGCUCUGGAACACCCACUCUGACUGGGACGCACACAACUUCCCACAGAGUUAUCACAAGUGCCUCUACUGCAGUGAGUGGGGCGAAGCCUGGGGGGUCCCUGCUGCCAUGGGAAAUCUUCCUCAUCACGCUGGUCUCGGUUGUGGCGGCCGUGGGGCUGUUUGCUGGGCUCUUCUUCUGUGUGAGAAACAGCCUGUCCCUGAGAAACAUCUUUAACACAGCUGUCUACCGCCCCCAUGGCCUUGGCCCAGGCCCUGGAGGGAAUCGUGGAGCCCCCCACAGGCCCAGGUGGAGCCCUAACUGGUUCUGGAGGAGACCAGUAUCCUCGAUAGCCAUGGAGAUGAGCGGGAGGAACAACGGACCCUGA